UAUGUAUCGUGUGUAAUGGAAAUAAAAUUCUAAUAUGCACCGCCAGAGAUCGGGAUUGUCGCGCCCUGUUUCUCUUUAAAAGACAAUACAACGCGCAUUGGAACUUAUGUAACUUAUGUUAUGUGUCCUUAAUCGCGUAACAUUCAAAAACCGUGCGUCAAGUGUUGAUCGAAUUGACCGAAAGUUUGUCGGCUUUCCCGACGCGAAAACAAUACAUAUGUUUCUAUAUCGCGGAAGUGUAUUUGUAGGCAUUGACAUCGACCUUAUUCGGUAAACAGUAGCAGCGGAGAGAAGGGACUAAACGUAACUGGCGAACCACAUCCACUAUCUGUGAUCCAGUGAUUUCGUGAGUUUCGAGCUUCAAUGGUUCAACCGAUAACAAAGCUUUAGAUAUCAACGGUGAAGUGAAACGAACGAGCGGAAUGAACGAAUUAUGAAAGUACAAUGAGAGGAAAAAACGAAGCCGUGUUUUACAACAAAACGAGAGAGUUUGAACGCUUGCCUGCCAUUUUACAUCGAAAAGGCCGGUCGGAUUAAGAAGCUGCGACGCUACUAGAGUGUCUGUCGAGGUGUGGCGAAAGAACGAGACAGACAGGUUAGAGCUUAUCGAGGGAGAUUGGAUUAACUGGCUUGAGGAUCGUUCAACGAAGAGGCACAAAGUUCCUUCCAGUCGGUACUGUAAGCACUAGAAAUAUGACGAGAGCCGCACACAAAAGCGAACCAUGCGACAGCCACGAGGCUAGUAGUUCACGGACAAUUUUUCAAUCGACGGAGGAACCUCAAGAAAUGUCGAAUCUGGAGAGCAUUAUUCGCAGUUUCGAGGAGGGUUAUCUCUCGCCUGUGAAAAAGGAGAAAGCGGUCGACGUAUACAAGCAGAAGAACUUCGUCAAGAAGAUUGUCGAAGCUUUCGAAAUGAAAUACAAGAUUUAUAACGAUUCGAAGACCGUGCAGAAGAUUCCAAAAAGUCCGAAAGAAAAUAUUUCGAACGUUGUUUCUAUAUUGGAAUCGUGGAAAAGAAGAUCCAGGAUAGUCCGCAAACCUUCCAAAAAGGAUUCCUCGCAUUCGAAGCCGAAUAAUAGGAACGUUGACGAAUCUGACGGAAGUGCCUUGUCAUCCGAGAAGAGAAUUUUUCAUACGUCGUGUGACAAUAACGGACUUAUUCGGAGAAGACCAGAAGAGUUAGAAAAUUCAAAGUGCUCGGGCAAAUCAAAGAUGAUCUUGUCUGCUUUCGGUCGCAAAGCUUCUGGUCUGGAGCUCUGUUCGACUUUCUUGCGUUCCAGUUCCGAUUCCUCGAGUCCCCCUAAUUGCAUCACGAUAGCAGAUCUUUCCCACUCGGUGAAAAGGUUCUCUGCCGACAAGACGAAGGCGAUGGAUACCGUCGAUCCCUGCAUGACUUUAUCGAAAGAAACUACUUUUACAUUCGACGAGCCUCUUCCAAUAACGAGUACCUUGAUCGACCAGUCCCUAAAGAGCGAGCAUAAUUCGACGUUGCCAGAAAUUUCACAGGUAGAUAAAUCUCCAAAGGUAGUCGGGGCAUUUCUGAAAAAACCGAUCGACGUCGAGAACACUUUCAUCAAUUGGAUACCUAUCACUGGAAAGAGGCUGCCGCGGAAAAGAUCGCUCAAGAAGCUGCUCUGUUCGUUGACCAGCGGGAAGCUCGUCAAAAGGUCGUUGUCGGAAAGAAACUUGAACGAGGAACCGCGAGAAAUCCAAGAUUCUGAAUACGACGAGAGAUCUUGUUCCUCUAUGUCUCUAACUUCUCUGAUUUCCAUCGCGGACGUGCUACGUCAACAAGAAAGCAGCUAUUUCGAAUUUAACGGAAGAAGCGACCUGAAAACUUUCAAAUCGAAGAACAAAUCGAACGAAGAAAAGGGCGAAGCUUCUUGCGAUACGUAUCAUUCUGUAAAGAACCAGAAGAAAAAACAGCUGCUUUUAACGGAGAUGCCACGCGAUGACGUGAAGCUGGAUCUUGGCCCAUCCUAUCCUCCUCCUUCCCAGACGAAUGGAUUCCUAUCGUCUUUAGUUGGCGAACUUGUACCCAAGCUACCGAACCAUCCGUGCGUAUCAAAGAUUCCGAAAAAUCCGUUCGUUACCUUGACUAAGAUAGACAACUUGGCGGAAUUUAACAGCUCUCACGUGUAUUCCAACAGCGAUGCCUCGUCAUCGGUGAUCAUCAAGAACGACCUGUACGAGGUGGAGUUUCGAAGAAGCUGCAGCGACCUUCCCUCGUCGAAUAUCUAUAGCAGCUCUUCGUCCGUGACCAGCCACUACGACGUUCCCAGAAGAUUCUUAUCCAAGUCCGAGAACGAAAUACUACGGAUGAGAAAGUCGAAGUCGAAGCUAAACAGGAAAGAGGAGCCAAUUUACGACAUUCCCAAGUCACAAAGUAUCGAGAGACCUAGGUCCAGCAUUUACGAUGACGCUCUGUCGUUGGAGAGAAAGGGCAUUUACGUAGAAGCUAAAACCAAUCUCAACACCCGUUCUCUGGCUCGAUGUGACUUGAAAUCUCACCGUGCCAUCGCGAAGCCUAUCGAUACUAGAAUCUACAUGAACUCCCAGGUGCAAUUGUAUCAUUGAACCACCUGAUUUCCGACGUUUAAUUUAAUUCGAGGAUAAUUGUACGCAAGCGGUCCCUCGGUUGAGAUUCGUUUAUUUUAAGAUCAAAUUCAUAUAUUAUAUUAUUAUAUUAUUGUAUAAUUGAUAUAGGAAUCAUGAAAUUAGUUUAUUAAUUUAUUAGUUAGGCAGCUUUGACACGACUUAUUUUCAGAUUUGAUUGUAUCCCGAUAUAUGAUCGGGAAUUACAUGUAACGAAAUCGACGGUACAAAUUUCUUUUACGAAUUUGUAGUACAAAUAACUGUGAUUAUUGCGUAUUUCAUGAUCGUUUUAGCAGUUUUCGAUGCUGUAAGUAUGUUGCAGCGAAGUUUUAGAAGCCCGAGUCGAAUGGGCGCUUUUUAAAUGCUUGUAGAUUUACGUAAACGUCGUUUUAGGAUUGUACGCAAGUUCUUUUUAACGAUCGUACGUUAUACACCAUGCGCAUAUGUAAUUCUGUCGUGUGAUAGUCCCGUAUAUUUGGGAACAAAUAUUUUACGAGAUCUUUCGAACACUCCAACUAUGACUGUUUCUUUUAAACGAGCGAACUUUGUAUUUUAAGCAAAUCGCGAGAACCAUCUAUUUUUAUAUUUGCACGUAUUUUAACGGUUUAAAUAUCUGUCCUUCUCGUAAGGUACGAAACGCGAAACAUUUGAUCACAGUUUUUAGUUCGAAGCUCUGGAACGUGGCGAAAGAAACAGAAACUAACUGACAGAAAUUAUACAAAACGUUAAGUCUUACUUACCGUUUCUAACGGAAACUUUUUUGCAAAGACUUUUAUCGUGCGUGCGAUACAACGCAUCUUCGAUUUUAAAGCUA